UGAAAAAAGAACGUAAAAUAAAUGCUUAAGCAGAUCUUGAGAAAUAAAAGCAAAGUGCUGCUAGAAUAAUUUGGGAAAGUUUAUUCUUCUUCUUGAGCGCUUUUGAACUGCUCUACUACACAGACUGCUGUUUUUGUACUUCGUAUUUUUCGAGUAUUUUUCGUGCACAAAAAUCGUAUUAAGCAAUACAAGCGAGAAACAACUUUUUUAGGCCAGUAACGCUAGCAAAUACCAACAAAACAUAUGCCAAGCAACGUUAGCAUUUAUUUUCAACACUUUUAUUGGCGUUUUUUGCUGUGCGUGCGAAUUCUCGUGUGUAAAUCGGUUGUUACAUAAACUGCAGCAUUUAACAGUGAAGUGUUUGAAUCGAAAAUCGCACAAAAUAAAAGUGGAGAGUGAGUGCAAAGUGCUGUCGCGAGGAGCGUGUUGCUGUUGUUACUUGUUGAGCUGAUCUUAUUGCGCAGCGGGCACUUGAAGCGUGAGCAGAUUUGUGUGACUAUAUUCAGGUGCAUUUUCGGUGCAGGCCUUUGCUGCUGUUGUUGUGCAAAAGUACUACAAAGAUGUCAGCAUAAUUUUCGUGUCUCAGCAAAAUAAUUGGGGGCAUAAAGUGACCGUCGAGCGCUGACAGCUGCGCGAAAGAAAAAAAAAUCGCUGAUAGUUUUUGCAUUAAGCCUUAACUGUGAAAAAAAGUGUUGCUAAAUUUUCGCGUUUUCAGUUUACGGUAAAAUAGCGGUAUAUACGGUUUCGGUUUCGCGUUUAAUUUCGCGGUGUUUCGCAUCGGUUACGGGUAAACUAAAAUUUUUUCGCAAUUUAAACGGUAAAAAUAAACAGACGACCAAAUGUUGGCCUUUCAUAACGAGCACAUUGCAAGUUGUGCCUUUUUAACUUACUUUAGCCCGGAGAGCACAACGACGGCUGCAAAUUCGCCAACAACGCCACAAGCAGCUGUGCUCAAUGAUAAAACGGCCUUAACUGGGAUGAACCGUGCUUUACAGCUCAAGCCAGCUGAAAGUGAAAGUCGAAGCGAGCAUUUAGAUCGCAAACUGUUCGUUGGUAUGCUAAGCAAGCAACAAACCGAAGAGGAUGUUAGACAAAUAUUCAGCCCUUUUGGCAGCAUAGAAGAGUGCACCAUAUUGCGUGGUCCGGAAGGCGCCAGCAAAGGUUGUGCUUUCGUCAAAUUUAGUUCGCAACAGGAGGCCCAGUCCGCCAUAACCAAUUUACACGGAAGUCAAACUAUGCCGGGUGCUUCCUCCAGUCUUGUUGUGAAAUUUGCCGAUACUGAGAAGGAGCGACAGAUACGACGUAUGCAACAAAUGGCGGGUCAUAUGAAUUUACUUAAUCCCUUUGUCUUUAAUCAAUUUGGACCAUAUGGAGCUUAUGCGCAGCAACAGCAAGCUGCUUUAAUGGCCGCCGCUGCCACUGCACCCGGCUCGUAUAUGAAUCCGAUGGCCGCAUUGGCUACGCAAAUACCUCAUGGCUUAAAUGGCACCGGUCAACCAUCGCUGCCCUCACCGACCAUGCCCAAUUUUAAUAUGGGCGCUCAAACGCCAAAUGGACAACCCGCUGCUGCUGCGGCCGCAGCAGCUGCCGCCGCCGCUGAUGGCGUCUUUACGAAUGGCAUUCCGCAAACGGCAUUCCCGGGACAUCCACUCCAUUUAACGAUUCCACCACAAGGUCUGCCUAAUGGUGAUGCUGCCGCCUUACAGCAUGCCUUCACUGGAAUGCCACCAUUUCCAGGAGUUGCCUUUCCCGCCGUUUAUGGACAAUUUCCACAAGCUUUACCACCACCUCUAGCGGCGGUUGCACCCACUCAACGUGAAGAUUUUCUGAUGUUCCCAGGAUGUUCGAUUUCGGGACCGGAGGGUUGUAAUCUAUUCAUAUAUCAUUUGCCGCAAGAAUUCGGCGAUGCGGAAUUGAUGCAGAUGUUCCUGCCAUUUGGUAAUGUGAUCAGUUCAAAGGUCUUCAUUGAUCGCGCUACAAAUCAGAGCAAAUGUUUUGGUUUUGUUUCAUUCGAUAAUCCUGCCAGCGCUCAAGCGGCCAUUCAGGCAAUGAAUGGUUUCCAGAUUGGCAUGAAAAGACUGAAAGUUCAACUGAAGCGGCCAAAGGAUGCCAGCCGACCCUAUUAACAAUCGGAGUUCCUUAAAGCGUUAAACAACAUUAAUAAUUACAAACGAUUACUUCUUUCGAAAAUAAUGAUGAAACAGUAAUUCCAAGAGCAACAAAAAAAAAUAUACACAAAUAUAUAACAAAAAAAAAUCUAUUAUCAAAUAGAACAAAAAAAAUGAAGCAAAACUAAAAGUAAAAGCGCAGCAAGUAAACCUCUACAUACAACAACAGUCAGCAACAGCAACAAACAGCAGCAAAAGAAAGAAAAAGUCGCAGUAAAGUAGUCAAUAGAUUCCAAUUAACUGAAUACAAAUACUGAUCCCGCAAAAUAAAUUCACCAAGCAACAUAUGUGCAAGUUUACAAUAAUGAAUAUCCCAGUGCAAGCCCAUAGAAAUCAAACUACGUGCAAAAUUUAUAAGAUCAAAGAACAGUUUAUCAACAAACUCAAUGCCACUAAACCAGUUAAAAUGUCUUACCCGAUGAUGUAAAUCCAGCUUCCUAUCAACUAACCAGGCAAACCGAUCCAAAACCAAGCACAAGCUUUUACCGAAGCUCAACAACACACGCGAGCAAAUCUAAGCAUACAAGUGGAAUUCAAUUUUUUCGAAACGUCAAUGAAAAACAACAUGCCGAUAAAGUGUGUAAUAAAUAAUGUUAUUAAAAAUUUAAACAAAAAAAAUAUGCAUAAAUAUAUUUAUGUAUAUGCAAAAAUCCAAAAAAAAUAUAUAUAUUAUUAUUAUUAUCACAAAAUUUAGAAGAACUGAAAAUACCGCUAACGAAAAUGCGCGUACGAGUAGAAAAUAGCGAAUAAAGUGGAUGUCAAAGAGAAGUUGAACAAUUUUUGCCAAACCAAAAACAAAAUUAAGCAUACAAAAAAUAAUAUCGUAGUUAUAUAUACAACACACGCAUAUACAUUAUACACACAUAUAUCUAUAUAUAUAUACAUACAUAUAUAUAAAUAUAUUUAUUAAUUAACUUUAACGCAAGGCAAA